UGUAUUUUUAUUGAGUGCAAUUAUUUUUAUAUAAACAAAUGAAAAAUAAUUAAUAAAACUGUAUAAACAAUUUGUAAAAAAUGUUAAAAGUAGCCCAACCUACUAGUAAUGCCUUUCACAACUUUAAAUGUGGUGAAAUCUAUUGCAUUUCACCAGCCGUUUACAAUGUUACUUGCUGUCUGUGUGCCAUCAAAAUGCAUCUGGACCAAUUUUCCAGCCACUUUCAGAUGCAACAUCUUACCCUGGCCGAAGAGAGUAUUAAUUUGGAAGAGUUGGAACGCAAGCGUAAUGCUAAAUUGGCUAAAGAUGCCAGCUUAAUGGAUAAUAUGACCAUCAAAGAAGAGGAUCCCGAAGAUGAUCCCAUUAAACAAGAGGAUGUGGAAGAGCAAGACGUUGAUGAGGAUGAUAAAAGUUUGCAGCAACUUUUGAGGGAAACAGAAAAUGCUCGAAGUAGACUUGAAACGGAACAGCAAGAUGUGCUGGAGGAGUCUGAAUGUGAUGAUUCAGAUAUAGGUGAUAAAUUAGAGGUGGAAAUAGUGGUGCGAAAACCGAAUACUAGGAAUUCGAAAAAGAACAACAAAAAUAAAAAAAGAAUAAAUUUAAAGGAAGAUGAAAAGCCAGAGUUAGAGUUAGAGAAAUUGAGUGAAUUAAGCUCCCGGGAGGUGAAAGUUAGUGAUAAUGAAGUGGUUAAGGAAUUGAAUCAAGAAGAGGAUGAAAUGAAAGAGGAAUAUGAUGGUGAUGAUGUGGAUAUGGAUAGAGAUUGGUCGUUGGAGGAUAAAAAUUCAGAAACAGAUUCUGAUCCCGACGAUAAAAAUAGCCCCAAAGAUGAGCUGCCCUUUCCUUGUCUCACCUGUAAGCGCUCGUAUCGUUCCAAGCAUAGUCUGCAAAAACACAACUACAGUGUCCAUAAUCCUAAUAAACCGGCGAAGAAGCCCAAAGAACCCAAGGCCGAACAUAAAUGUGAUCAGUGUAAUGAAGUUUUUCGUUCUGCACGGGACUUGCGCGGUCAUAAAUGGAAACACACUGGCAUUUUCUGCGAUAUUUGUGGUAAACCAUUUACACAAACCGGCAAUAUGAUGCGACACAAAAUCCGUCACACAGGCAUAAAGGCUCACAAGUGCAAGGAAUGUGAUAAAGAAUUCUUCACAGAUAAGGAAUUAAAAUCUCACAUGAUUUGUCAUACGGGCCUUAUGCCCGUUAUAUGCGAAAUAUGUGGCAAACGAUGUCGCGAUCGUGGCGUGUUAACGGCCCACAUGAGGCGUCACACUGGCGAACGGCCGGCUAAAUGUGAUGUUUGUGGUAAAAGUUUCUUUUCGUUUCACGAUCUUAAUGUGCACGCCGUAACGCACAGCAGCGAACGGCCCUUUAAGUGCGAUAUCUGCGGUUCAACAUUCCAGCGCAAAAAAGCCUUGCGUGUACACAAACUUAUACAUUCGAAGGAUCGCAAACAUGUGUGUAAAAUAUGUGGUAAAGGUUUUGCUCAAUCAGGUGGUCUUAACUCGCAUAUGCGUACGCAUGAUGCUGCUUUGGAGAAGUCCAGCAAUGAGAUAGCUCAACAGGUCGUCCUGGUGCCAGUAAUGUUGGAUAGCGCGAGCGUAACUCAGGCGGAAAGUACAACGACUAGUAAAAGCGACACAAAUGCCGAGGUUAGUAUGCCACCAGAGAGUAGUAUGUUGGGACAGUAUAUGAUCAAGAAAUCCAAAAUGAUGUUAACUAACAUAAUAAUGAAACGCACGACAGCCUUCUUAGUACUGAAAUUAACAACACCGCCGCGAAACAAUGCUCAUAAAAAUAGCUCUACGGCCUCUUUGGUAACUUCAAAAAUACCAUUUAAACUGAAGAAUAAAAUGUUAAAAGUAGCCCAACCUACUAGUAGUGCCUUUCCCAACUUUAAAUGUGGUGAAAUCUAUUGCAUUUCACCAGCCGUUUACAAUGUUAAUUGCUGUCUGUGUGCCACCAAAAUGCAUCUGGAGCAAUUUUCCAGCCACUUUCAAAUGCAACAUCUUACUUUGGCCGAGGAGAGUAUUAAUUUGGAAGAGUUGGCUAAAGAUUUCACUCAGCUAGACAAUAUAAACACCAAAGAAAAUGAACCCGUAGAGGAUCCCUUUAAACAAGAUGUGGAAGAGAAGGAUGUUGAUGAGGAUGAUACAAGUUUGCAGCAACUAGAGGUUGGGCUAGAAACGGAACAGGAAUAUGUGCUAGAAGAGUCAGAAUGUGAUGAUUUAGAUAUUGGUUAUAAAUUAGAGGUGGAGAUAUUGCUGCGACAAACAAAUUCUGGGAAUUCGAGAGAGAACUUAAAUAAUAAUAAAACAAUGCAUUUGAUGGAAGAUGAAAAGUCAGAGUUGGAGAAAUUAACAUUCCAGGAGGAGAAAGUUAGUGAUAAUGAAGUGGUUAAGGAAUUGAAUCAAGAGGAUGGUGAUGAUGUGGAUAUGGAAGUAGUUUGGUCGUUGGAGGAUAAAAAUUCAGAUACAGAUUCUAAUGCCGACAACAAAACUAGCAACAAAGAUGAUUUGCCCUUUCAUUGUCUUAUCUGUAAGCGCUCGUAUCGUUCCAAGUACAGUCUGCAAAAACACAACUACAGUGUUCAUAAUCCUAAUAAGCCGUGCAAGAAGAACAAAGAACCCAAAGCCGAACAUAAAUGCGAUCAGUGUAAUGAAGUUUUUCGUUCCGCCCGGGAUUUGCGCGCUCAUAAAUGGAAACACACUGGUAUUUUUUGUGAUAUUUGUGGUAAAAACUUUACUCAAGCCGGCAAUAUGAUAAGGCACAAAAUUCGUCAUACCGGUAUAAAGCCCUACAAGUGCAAGGAAUGCGACAAGGAAUUCUUCACCGAUAAGGAAUUAAAAUCUCACAUGAUUUGUCAUACGGGCUUUGUGUCCGUAAUAUGCGAUAUUUGCGGCAAACGUUGUCGCGAUCGUAGUGUUUUAACGGCUCACAUGAGGCGUCAUACAGGCGAACGGCCGGCUAAAUGUGAAGAUUGUGGUAAAAGUUUCUUUACGUUUCACGAUCUUAAUGUGCACGCUGUCACGCAUAGUAGUAAGCGUGCCUUUAAGUGCGACAGCUGCGAUUCAACAUUCCAGCACAAGAAAGCCUUGCGUGUGCACAAGCGUAUACAUGCGAAGGAUCACAAAUAUGUUUGUAAAAUAUGUGGCAAAGGUUAUGCUCAAGCUGGUGGUCUUAAUUCGCAUAUGCGUACGCAUGAUGCUGAUCUAGAGAAGGCCAGCAAUAAGGCAGCUGAACAGGCUGUGCAGCCGGUAGUGUGGAUAAUGUUUGGCUCGAGCGAAAUUCAGGCAGAAAGUAAAACGGCUGAUAUAAAUGAGGGGGUUAGUAUGACACCAGAGAGUUGUAUGUUGCAACAGUAUAUGGUUUAAAAGUUUAUUUACAUUCUAUACUUGUUUUUGAUCUCUAUCACUAUCUGGCAAAUGGUAAGCCGGACUAGUUGUAAGAUUUUUUGCAGCUAGUCAUUAU